AUGGCGCAGAAAGGAGUUCUGCUGGACCGGGAAACCUUCUCUUGUUCGAUCUGUCUGGAUCUACUGAAGGAUCCGGUGACGACUACCUGUGGACACAGCUACUGCAUGAAGUGUAUUAAAGGCUUCUGGGAUGGAGAGGAUGAGAAGAAGAUCCACAGUUGCCCUCAGUGUAGGCAGAGCUUCACACCGAGGCCUGUCCUGCUGAAAAACACCAUGUUAGCAGCUUUAGUGGAGGAGCUGAAGAAGACUGGACUCCAAGCUGCUCCUGCUGAUCACUGCUAUGCUGGAGCUGAAGAUGUGGCCUGUGAUGUCUGCACUGGGAGAAAACUAAGAGCCUGUAAGUCCUGCCUCGUGUGUCUUAUAUCUUACUGCAAGAAACACCUCCAGUCUCAUUAUGACGUAGCUCAAUUAAAAAAACACAAGCUGGUGGAGCCCUCCAAGAAGCUCCAGGAGAACAUCUGCUCUCGUCACGACGAGGUGAUGAAGAUGUUCUGCCACACUGAUCAGCAGUGUAUCUGUUAUCUCUGCACGGUGGACGAACAUAAAGGCCACGACACAGUGUCAGCUGCAGCAGAAAGGACUGAGAGGCAGAGAGAGCUGGAGGGGAGUCGAGAAAACAUCCAGCAGAGAAUCCAGGACAGAGAGAACGAGGUGAAGCUGCUUCAGCAGGAGGUGGAGGCCGUCAAUGGCUCUGCUGAUAAAGCAGUGGAGGACAGUGAGAAGAUGUUCACUGAGCUGAUCCGUCUCAUGGAGAAAAGAAGCUCUGAUGUGAAGCAGCAGGUCAGAUCCCAGCAGAAGAGUGAAGUGAGUCGAGUCAGAGAGCUUCAGGAGAAGCUGGAGCAGGAGAUGGCUGAGCUGAAGAGGAGAGACGCUGAUCUGAAUCUGCUCUCUCACACAGAGGAUCACAACCAGUUUCUGCACAGCUACCCCUCACUGUCAGCCCUCAGUGAACCUACACACUCAUCCAGCAUCAACAUCCGUCCUCUGAGCUACUUUGAGGACGUGACGGCGGCCCUGUCAGCAGUCAGAGACAAACUACAGGACGUCCUGAGAGAGGAAUGGACAAACGUCUCACCGACUGAAGUGGAUGUUUUACUGUCAGCAGCAGAGCCCACCACCAGAGCUGGGUUCUUAAAAUAUUCACAGGAAAUCACACUGGAUCCAAACACAGCACACCCACAGCUGUUAUUAUCUGAGGGGGGCAGAAAAGCAACAUACAUGAGACAACCACAGUUUUAUUCUAGUCACCGAGACAGAUUCACUUAUUGUCCUCAGGUUCUGAGUAGAGAGAGUCUGACUGGACGUUGUUACUGGGAGGUGGAGUGGAGAGGGGAAGGAGUUGAUGUAGCAGUCACAUACAAGAAUAUCAUCAGAGCAGGGAGGGAAAGUGGAUUUGGAUACAAUGACAAAUCUUGGUCCUUAGAGUUUCAAAACAAAAAAAAAAGAAAAAAAAGUUAUUCAUUUUUUUACAACAAUAUCAAAACUCCCUUCUCAGGUCCUCUGUCCUCCAGAGUAGGAGUGUACCUGGAUCACAGAGCAGGUAUUCUGUCCUUCUACAGCAUCUCUGAAACCAUGACUCUCCUCCACAGAGUCCAGACCACAUUCACACAGCCGCUACAUGCUGGAGUUUGGCUUGGUUAUGGUUAUGGAGACACAGCUGAGUUGUGUAAACUGAAAUAGCCUGAAGUCAUUUGAGGAACUCUUCUACUUCUUAAACUCAUUGUGUGUCCAUCAUUGUUGCUGAGAG